AGUGGGGGCUCUGUCCGUCAGUUCUUGUUGGGGUUUCCGUAUUGUGAUACUCUCUCAGUAUUAUUGCGCGAGUGGAGCUAGUUGCUUCACGUAACUCACCAUGCCGCGUGAGCAGAACACCACCAACAAUAUGACUGAGAGCGACGAACUGAUGAAUAAAUAUGGCGAACCAUUACGCUAUGAUAGGAAUUUCAAGGGACCACGACAAAAGGAUCGCAGCUGCACGGAUGUACCCUGUCUGCUUUUGUUUAUCCUCUUCCUUGCCGGUUGGGGUUUCAUUGCUCAUUAUGCGAUCAAGAAUGGUGAUCUAAAUAAACUGAUGGUGCCAACGGAUUCGUUGAAUCGCAAAUGCGGCAUUGAUUCGUCCGUCCUGAACAAGAAGUACUUAUUCUUUUUUAAUCUCUCACAAUGCAUUGAUCCAUUAGUGCCACUAACAGGCUGCCAGACACCUCAGGUAUGCGUGGAGUCCUGCCCCAAAGAAUCGUUCAUUUGGGACACAAUGAAAGAUAGACCCUUUGAUGAGCUAAAAAGUAAACUUAUAUGUAUUACCGAGGAGACAUACUCGACAAUUCACACAAAGAAUGACAUCGAAAGAGCAAUUGAGAAUCAAUUAUGCGCCAGAUGGUAUAUCAAGAGUGCUCCGUUCCUAAAUCGAUGCAUGUUCGAGUUCUCCGAGAAGAUGUGUGAGUUUAUUCCCUCUUUCUUACUGAGAGGUGGACGUUCGCGUCGCGAUCUGCUCCAAUUGGCUGGCAAUGCAAGCUCCGAGCCCGAGAUACAAGCUCAAGCUUUGGUUUUGAACAUGCCGCAAUAUCUGGUGGCGCCCCCGACGCCAGAUAGCAAGCAACACGCCGAGAUUGUAGAGGAGCCGAUAGUCCAAUGUCGUCGUAGACUAAAUGAGGCCGUUAUCAAAGAGAAGAUGAUGCAAACGGAUACGAGAUUAGCCAAAUUGGUGGGCAACAUGGUGGCUCACUUUUACAAUGGCACACACGAUGCCCAGCGUUUGGGUGAAGAAAUUGUUGAGGAUUUGGUUAAUUCGUGGUCUGUUAUUUUGGUUGCCUUGCUUUGCACUCUGAUUGCAUCGCUGGUGUUUAUUGCUCUAAUGCGUUGGCUUUCCGCUCCCAUACUCUGGUUUUCGAUAAUUGGCGUGCUCGUUGGCUUGCUGGUGGGAAUCUAUUACACCAUUCGGCAAUAUACCCACUGGAAGAAGACCCCGACAGUCCCCAAUCAUGGUCUUAAUCUCCAAUCGACGGUGACGAAUGUUCUGCAGGAUCAGAGCACAUGGCUAUAUCUGUCUAUAUUCCUUGGCGCUUGCUUUAUAAUCAUUUUAUUGCUGGUCGUGGUGCUACGCAAACGGAUACGUAUUGCCAUAGCUUUAACCAAGGAGGGCAGCAAGGCUGUUAGUACGGUAAUCAGCACAGUGUUCUUCCCGAUCUUUUCUUGGAUCCUCUUUAUUGUGGCCAUAACAUUUGCCAUUGGAGUGGGUCUAUAUUUGGGUUCCAUCGGUCAAUCAUCGUACCGCAUGGUCCAACGUCUAACAGCAAAUGGAGAGCCAACCAAGGAACAGUGCAGAUGUGAUGGACUUGCCAUUAAUUAUACAAUUGGAAGUGCUUGCGAUCCGCAGAUAUUUCAGCAAAACUGCUACAAUCCGCAGGCCUCGACAAGUGGCUUCUUCCAACAGACGCAACGAGUGCCCUGCGCCAAUACCACAUGCAGUUUUGAAAAGAUAGAGAAUCCCCGAUUGGUCCAAUGGUUUAUUGUCUACAAUGUGUUUGGUUUCCUAUGGCUGAGUUUCUUCAUAUCGGCCUUUAGUGACAUGGUUUUGGCUGCCACAUUUGCUCGCUGGUAUUGGACAUUUAAGAAGCGUGAUGUUCCCUACUUUACGCUAACGGGAGCCUUCUUCCAGACAGCCUUCUAUCAUCUUGGUACCGUGGCCUUUGGAUCCCUCAUUUUGGCCAUUUGCCGCAUGAUACGCUUGAUCCUGGAGUAUAUCGAUAAUAAGCUAAAGAAGUAUGAUAAUUCGGUAACGCGAGCCAUACUCUGUUGUAUGCGUUGCUUCUUUUGGCUGCUGGAGACAUUUUUAAAGUUCCUCAAUCGAAAUGCCUAUAUAAUGUGCGCUAUACAUGGCAAAAACUUUUGCUCUAGUGCCAAGGAUUCAUUUAACUUGAUUAUGCGUAACUUUUUGCGUGUUGUCACAUUGGACAAGGUUACAGAUUUUCUGUUCUUCCUAUCAAAAAUGCUACUCACAGCCGGCUCUGGUGUCGCCACAUAUUACUUUUUGGCCAACAAUCCGGCCAUAGUACAAUUGCAUUACAAGGAAGUGCCCACUGCUGUUGUGGUCAUUGCAGCUUUUCUCAUUAGCAGCGUCUUCUUUGGCGUCUACUCAAUGGCCGUGGAUACAUUGUUCUUGUGCUUCCUAGAGGAUUGUGAGCGAAAUGAUGGUACACCCGAGAAGCCAUACUUUAUGUCCAAGCAACUAAUGAAGAUACUGGGAAAGAAAAAUAAAUUGCCACCGCGUCAGCGUCGCAAGUAGACAAAGAUCAGAUUAAUAUAUAAAAGGACAGUGCAAAUUGUAAAUUAAUUGUAAACAGAACGAGCUCAAGACAUAGGAUACACACAUAAUACCCAUUUUGAUAUACAUAUACCCAUAUCUAUAUAUAUAUAUAUUUAUUAUAAUCCCCAGCGCAAUUGUUUCGGGUUGUGAGCAGAUUAGGAUUGCUCAUUAUUAUAUUGCAAAAUAAGCAUUACAUAAAAUGUAUGCAACUAAAAUCCUAGAAUUGCCAAUACUCUAAUGAUCUUUAAUUAUUAACUUAAAUGAAUUACUUUUGUAUAUAAUACACAAUAUUUAUACGAAUGCGAACGAAUGAAUAAAUUAGAUUAAGGCGCAAAAUACAUCAGAAACAAAAAACAAAACAAUUCUAAACAAUAGUGAUGAAAAAGACCAUAAGCAAUAAAUACAUACAUCCAUAGAUAUGGCAUGCUAUUAACAUAUCUAACAAACACAUAUAUAGAUAUACUAUAUAUCGCAUCGGAUUUCAAUAAUUGAAUCCAGCUCAAAUAACGCACGACAUCUCACUUUUCGGUUGUAUUUUUUUUUCUUCUAUUUUGUUUAUC